GGGGUCGUUUAUGAACUGGUUAGACAAGCUUCGAUUAAGCAAAUCCAUUUCAAGAAAUCGAAGAGAAACUGAAGAAGACAGUAUUCUAAAAUAAUAACAAUGGCGUAUCUGACCGCCCGGCGCAGCGUAGCAUCCAUUCUUAACCGAACUCUCAAUUCUUCUUUUUCUUCUUCAUCGUCUGUCUCUUCUCGUUCACGCUUCAUUUUUUCAUUACUUAGCAAAAACCCACUUUCCGAACUCCAUCCAAACCCGACGCGGUCCAAAACUUCCCGGUCGGGUUACUCUCCACUGAACGACCCGUCGCCGAACUGGAGCAAUCGGCCACCGAAAGAAUCGAUCUUGCUUGAUGGGUGUGACUAUGAGCACUGGCUAAUAGUUAUGGAAUUCCCAAACGACCCAAAACCAAGUGAAGAGGAAAUGAUUAAUGCUUAUGUUAAAACCUUAGCUUCUGUUUUGGGCAGUGAGGAGGAGGCAAAGAAGAAGAUUUAUUCGGUUUCUACUACGACUUAUACUGGUUUUGGUGCUUUGAUUUCUGAGGAGCUUUCAUACAAACUUAAAGGGUUGCCUGGUGUUCUUUGGGUUUUGCCAGAUUCAUAUCUUGAUGUUCCUAACAAGGAUUAUGGAGGGGAUUUGUUUGUGGAUGGGAAGGUCAUUCACAGACCCAUGUAUCGGUUUAACCAGAAUAAUAGACAGCAAACUAGGAACAGGUCUCGCCCAAGGUACGAUAGACGCAAUGAGUCAAUGCAGGUAGAGAGGAGAGAACCAAUGCAAAGACAGAGCUCAGGGCCGUCAUUGCAGCAACCAUCAUCAAACCAUAUUCAGUCUUCAUCUCAGGGUGGAGGGACAGACGUCUCUAUGGAACCAGGGAAGGUUAAUCAGAGUACAUGAGAAGUCACUGUGUAGUUUCUAAGCCUAAGAAUUCAUCACUAGUUCCUGAGUUUAGAAUCCUAGAACAUCAAAUCAGUGUCUUUUUUUCUUGGAACUCGUUUGGCUGUUGUGCAUUGAGUUUCACUUACAGCCCAUGCAGUUCUUAUUAUGGCAUCACAAAAGAGAAAUGAAAUGUCAAUCUUCUAGACCGUUGUCCAGAAUAUUCUCCAUACUAUUUGCUGGAUGGUUUAUGCAUUUUAGCUGUUUCCUUUUUUUUC